GCGCUGGGGCCUGGGGCUUGAGGGCGGCCCGCCGCUGGAUCUACUCGCUGGGCUAGUGGGCGGUCGAGCCGCCAUCAGAUCUGACAGGCAGCAUGCAUACGGGCUCACAAGCGAUAUACGCGAUGAACAGUAAAUUGCAGAUCCACUCAAAAUUUCAUACCGUGAUUCCUGGUUCGACAAACGGGAACGAAGCCUGUCGCGUAGGACAGUUCGGCAAGGCCGGGACCUGCCGGCGUGACGGAGAGUCGGUGCCGAUAGGAUCCACGAGUCGGGGUAGAGCAGUGCUGAUAACGUGUUGAGAACUACGUUGCCGCAGAUCACCAGAUCUGCUCCCUUCCCUCCCGUCAGCAGUAGAGGCACAAGAAGCUGUAGAGAACCCGUCUCCCUUCCCAGAAGCACGACAGAGUAACACACGAGACACAGGAUAUAGUGUUGGGCCAUUGGCCUCUUUCUCUUCUUUGUAUUAUGAGGUGGUGUACAAGUUCCUUAUAUAGAGAUGUGAAACCCCUCAGAGAUAAAGCAGAUAUUUGUCCACAUAACCCUAACUAGGGUUACUUAACCUAAACAAGGCUGCCCCAUGCACGAUAGUCGGGCCGUUCUCACUGCUCAGCCCAAAUUGCGCACGCUGCCGCGUGCUCGCGCGUCGGCCCGUUCUCAUUGUUCGGCCCAAAUCGCGCGCUACGGUCCCUCAUCCCUUCCCUGUCGACGCAGCCGCGCAGCGAUCGGACCUUCCUCCCGCCCGGCCGCCGCAGCGAGCAGCACGUCCACCUUCUCCAUCUACACGCCGCUCAUGCUCCACCGCCUCGCCCACACCCGCGUGUGCCACUUCUUCAUCAUCCCCACACCCCGCGCGUUCUCCAACGCUCCCGCUGCCACUCCACCCGCUGCGCCGCCGCUCUCGGCCGCGGACCUCGAGCAACUCCUCCGCCGCUGUCACUACUCUGCCUCCAGCCACCGCUUCCACUCUCUUCUCCCCCUCCUCUCGCACCCCUCCGUCCUCCUCUCCUGCGCGCUCCACCUAAGCCACCGCGCGCACCCAUCCCUCCCCGUCCCGCCCCAGCCCCCACCAAUCACCAUUGCCGCCGCUGCCGCCGCGUUCUCAUCCCCAUCAUCCCACCUCCGCCUCCUCCUCCCGUCCCGCAUCAAGGGCCAGCCGCUUCCCGUCCCCACGCUACCGCUCCGCCUCGCUUUGCGCUGCGCCGCCUCCGUCCUCGACGCCGUGUUCGCCCCGCGCGCAGCCACCUUCGCUUACCGCGGCCGCCACACAGCUGUCCGAUACCUCAAGUCCAUUCCCAGCGCGUCCUGGUUCUUCCGUGUCGCCAUCCCGCGGCAGCCCUUCGCCCCUCGCCACGUUUGCCGUCUGCUCGGUGCCAUCUCCAGUAAGGUCGAUGAUCCCGGGUUCCUGGAGUUCCUGAACGAACUGUUCGUCUCUGAUGCGGUCGCAUUUGAGCUUGGUGGUUGCGAGCUCGGACGCGGGCUGCCACAGGAAUCAGAGCUCACUAGCACGCUAGUGAACAUAUUCUUCAAUCGUGUGGAUGGAGAGAUAAUGGCCCUCCGUGAGGAAGUGCACAAAAAACAUCCUAGAAUGAAAGAUGACAGCGUUCGGCAUACACCUGUGAGAGUAUAUGCGAUUCGAUAUCUAGAUGAUAUUCUGGUUGUGACGUCCGGGUCGAAGAUGCUCACAAUUGAGAUCAGGAACAGGAUAAUUGCAGUCUUGGAGAGGGAUUUAGAGGUGAGGGUGGACAGAUUGGGGAGCUCAAUCCACAGCGCUGUAUCAGAGAAGAUUGAGUUCCUGGGGAUAGAAUUCCAAGCUGUGCCACCGUCAGUGUUGCACCCACCCAUGUCAGAGAAAGCAAAGAGAGCAAGGAAGAAGUAUCUGAAGAUGAAGGCGGAAAAGGCGCAGGAGCUGAAAAAUGCACGGGAGACGAGGCGGAAGAAGCUUGGCUUGAAGAUACUGAACCACUUGUCCAAGAGGAUGAGGAGGGGCGAGGAGUUUGAAUUUGAUUUCCGGAUCGAGAAAGAGGUGCAGCAAGUGUUCAGGGACUGGGCAGAGGAGACAGUGGCCGAAUACUUCGAAUCACGUGAGCAUUGCCGAUAUUGGCACCGACUGCUAGCAUCAGGUGAUUUCUUGUCAUUGAACAGGGUGAGAGAUCAAUUGCCACCUGCUUUGGUGGACUCAUAUGAUAAAUUUCAAGAGACAAUCGACAAGUUUUUGAUGCCCAUGAAAGGUCAUGACCUGACAGAAGAAGAGGAGAUUCUAGCUGAGGAGGAAGAAGAGGAACAAUAUGAGAAACGGAUUGUCGAGGACUUGACAGAGCUUAAGAUGAGGGCCAAUGUGCCGAUAGAUCUUGUAAGGAAGGAGGUAAAGCUUGCUGGAUUCACAAAUUCCAUGGGCCGGCCACGGCCAAUUAAGCUACUUCUCUGUUUGGAUGAUGCAGAUAUCAUCAAAUGGUAUGCUGGCGUAGGGAGGAGGUGGCUAGAUUUCUUCUGCUGUUGCCGUAACUUCAAGAUGGUCAAGACUGUUGUCACUUACCACUUGAGGUUCUCCUGCUUUUUGACAUUAGCAGAGAAGCACGAGUGCACUAAGAAGCAAGCAAUUAGCCAUUUCACAAAGGAUUUAAAGGUAGCAAAUGAUAAUGGAAUGGCAGAAGUGCACUUCCCAAUGGAACGCGAGAUCAAAAUGAUGGGUGAUAAAAACUUGUCUGACCCAAAGCCUGUGGAUGGUGCCUUGACGAUGACAUUAGUAAGAUUAGCAGUUGAUGACGCCUCCUAUCCAUGCCUAGCACAUUUUUGUGCUAAAACAGAAACUGUGCUUUACAGAAUACGUUUGUUGCAAAAUCGCCUAAAUGUUGAUCCAUUGAAUGAAAAGAAAUGGGUCCAUGGAUUAGGUGCCAUUCAUGAGAGCCUGAACAAGAAAUGUCUCCCCUUGUGCUAUAUGCACGCAAGUGAUCUCUUUCUUGGCAAGAUCACACUUCAAGAUAUUGACUGCACUCAAUUUGUUGAUGUGGAAUGAGAGAAAAGCUUAUUUGCGCAAUACUUCUUGCAGAUUAUAGCUCAUGUAGUAUUGCAGGACUUCUUGCAGAUUAUAGCUCAUGUAGUAUUGCAGGUCCUGCCCAGUGCAUUGGAUAUUAGUUUUUUUACUAAUGCUUCAUCAUGUCUGUUUCAAUACAUUGUAGAAGAAAUGUUGCUUUGUCCCCAAAGAUACUAGCUUUUCAUGUAUAUAUAUGUAGGGGUCUCGAGAGCCUUCUAGGCAUCAGAACAUUACAAAUUGAAAUACUGCAUGCAGUGUGUGGACUUCAAGCAAACUAUGUAUAUAUAUAUCAUGAUAUCAACAAUACUCACUUCAGGUAAUUCUUCCAUUCCGUCUGUUCUUAAAUUAUUUAUAUAUGUUCCAGAAACAAAUGAAAUUUAGUUAUAUGCCAAGUAGCCUAUUCUUCCUCUGUUGUUUCGUCUUCACUUCUGAAUCAUUUUGUUUAGUAUUAGUCAAUUCUGUUUCUUACUUAUGAAUCAAAUACUUGUUAACUCUAAAAAAAUGGAUGCCUUCUGAAUCUCUUAUGAGUUAAAUACUUAAAUGGUCUCAUUGCUUCCUCUUUUUUUGUCAGAAUAAUAUAAUUUACCUUAGUGCCACUAAAACUGGUUUCUUAAACUUUAAAUCUUUCUGCACAGUGACUGUACCAAUAUUUUUUUUUCUAAAUACUAAUUCCGUUAUGAAAUAUUUUAAAAGGAAAACCAGCUACCUUUUGCUAAUCAGUCAAGGGUAAGUUUUUCCCGAAACAAGAUUUUGGUCUCCAGAAUUGAAAUAUGGCUUUUGUUUCUUGGGUGACUACCUUUUUUUUAAAAAAAAACAGGAAUAUACUCUAUAAUAAAUACUACCACCUGACACGGAGCUUGAUCCUCGUGUGAGCUUUCCUUGUGUAGGGCUUCAAGAGCUUUCCUUGUGUAGGGCUUCAACGAGAAUCUCUACUAAGUCUGCAAGGGUAGCAUACCAUUCUUUGUUCUGCAUGUCAUUCCUUGUUCUGCCAUCCCUAUUCUGCGAUUCAGAUUCCCAUUCCUAUUCCCUGUUAUGCGAUUCCCAUUCUCGUUUGUGCGGCGUCCGCUGCUCCCUCCUCCCUUCACCACGCGACGCAGCGACACGACGACUGUUCUCUCCUCCCUCACUCGCCCUCUCCUCCCUUCCCCAUGGCGUCUUCGCGUCUCCGAUCGAUCCAAGCCACCAUGGAUUUUUUCAAAUCCAUCCUCGCCGAGCUCGAUCCGCCACAGAUUUCUCCGAUCGAUCUGAACCGUAGCCUCCCCACAGGUGGAGCAGGAGCCAGAACUUGUCAAAUUCACCUCCUCCAGCGGCGACGGGUGGGGCUUCGAUGACCUGCUGAAGACGCUAACCCGAUCGAUGUCCUGUAUAGCCGCUUCGAGGCGCAGAUGCGCACGCUCCAGGCAGAUCUGGCCACAUUCACAUCCGACCCUGAGGAUGUCGACUCUGCAUCGUCGCUGAGGACAGGUCACUACUCGAUCGUCGUAGGUCGGCGGAGGCAGGGGAGGAGACACAACGCACACACGCCGGUGGCAGGGCCGACCCCCACACGCCGGGUCUAACCCGAUCCUCGUCGUCUGUGGUUACUUCAGUGUCAUCACGGCCACCACCGUGCUUCUCUGUGUUGCCGUCAACGUCGUCUCCGCCACCCAGUCCUUCCACGCUGGCUAUGACGUGCGUGGAACGCCCCGCUUGCCCUGUUCCAUUCCAGUGCAACUUUCCCUCUCCUGGAUCCGGCUGGUUCGGGUGUGGCUCUGUUGUUAAAUGCACUCAUUCAUUUGCUAUGAUGUGAUCCUAAGCAACUCUAUUUGCCAUGCUCAACACUCAAUAGGGAGGUGCCUCAUAGAGCCCCCGCUUGAUCUGUGGUCGGGAUCGGAUUAGCCGCUAUGCAUCUCAUGGUGUAUGCUGUUGAAGCCUGUGAAAUUGUUGUCCACGUAAUAUGUCAUUCGAUGUAGUUUUCUUUUCAGUUCAAGUUGCUCAGGCACACGUUCAUUUUGGAGUCAUAUGGGAGCAAAUAGAACCCACAUUCCUACCAUUGACUCCAGUACAGUGUGCUGUCGUGGGGUGAAUAAAAGCAGCUAAACAGACAAUGUUUUGUAAGAUCUAAGUUGUAUCGUUUGUAUUCUGAUGAGAAGAAGAAAAAGGCUUGCACACCUGACAACAGAUGAAGUUAGGUUACCUCAGAAGUCAUCAACCUGUGCAUCAGGGUUUCUUAUAUGUCUGCUGCUGAUUACAGUCACCUUCUCGUAGGUUUCUACUCAGCUAGGCAGAUACGUUAUCACUAUGAUGAGCAGUGGUGUUGUACUUGGGGUUGGAUUUCAUCUGUCAUGUUAGCCAUAUACUUAUGCCUCUCGUUUCAUUUCACUUUUGGUAUAACCUGAAAUUGCAAUCUAAUUAAAUAGGCUAUUGUUUAUCCCCAUUUAAGUGGAGACAGUCAAAUGAACAAACUAAUUUGGUACAGCUAGCUUGGUGGGGGUGAUUAUCGGCACAAUGAUAGGUGCAAACAGUGUCCUAGAGGAACACUGCAAAGCUAGACUAGACCUCACAAUAUUGUCAUAACUAGAAGGUAAUUUGUAAACAUUGAUGUUGUGUGUCAUAUCUCCUAACUAUAUAUGUGUUGUUUUCUGAAUCCA